AACUCACAUGAAUAGUGCAGUUAGCAACAAGCUGCUAAUUGUAAGCAUAAUGGUUCAGUUGUGGACCUUGGGCACAGUGGUUUACGUUGCUGCCUUGCAGUGCUGGGGCCCUGGGUUUCAGUCUGGACCUCGAAUCUGUCCGCCGUCUGUUGUCUGUGUGGAAUUUGUAUGUUCUCCACGUUUGUAUAGGUUUUUGCCUGGUGCUCUGCUUUCCUCUCACAGUCCAAAUACAUACUGAAAAACACACUGGUAGGUUAACUGCCUUCUGUGAAAAUGGGCCGUGGGUGUGUGUAUGUCUGUGUGUGCCCUAUGGUGGACUGGCGUCCGAUCUGGGAUGUAUCCUGUCUUUUCCCUGUUGCUUGCCGGGAUAGACUCGGGCUCCCCCGCGAUCUUGAAUGGGAAGAAGCAGUUCGAAAAUGAAUAGAUGGAUGAUAUUCGCAACACAUGAAAUGAAGGGCUUGGAUAUCUGUUAUUAAAAAAAAUCUCACAGACAUGAUGAACAAUUUUCAUUGUGUUAAUGAGUUGCGUCAUCACAGAUGUAAAGCCCGUUAUUGUGACGUCUGGGUUGACGUUGCAAAUGCGGCGCUUAUAUUUGCUGCGAAAGCAUGAGUUUAUUACAGUAUGGAUAUUGAGUUUGGGUAAUCAUUAUUUCACGGUUAAACUGAACACGUGAUGGACGGGCUCCAUCACGAUAUACCUGACUGUAUUAGCUUCUAUCAGUAAAUCUUUAAACAGUGCUUACUGACUGCAGUAGGCAAGAGGAGACAUUGCCACAUUCCAUGAAGGCGAUAAGUAAAUUCCAGACUGAAAAGGCUGUGGUCAAAACAACGCCAAUUACGAUGGAAUAGCAGAAGUGAGGAGUUCGGCGGAGGAAGUGGGAGCCUGGCCAAUCGGAAUCCCCCAGGAAGAGCCAUAGGAGCGCUAUAGGGGGGAGGUGAUGGGAUAUGGCAAGGGACGCAAAGCAGUGCCUGCUGGGAAGGGCUGUUACAAAAAAUCUUUGUCCUCAGCAGUGGAUGGAGCUGCCAGUUCAAAUGAAGGACUACAGAGCAACAAGAGAGCAGCCAGGACAAGGCUACAGCACACUGAGGAGACCUCGCCAGGGAGAAACCUGUUUGUGGAUCAUCAAUAUUUAACAGCCUGUUUAUUUAUGUAUGAGGCUAUCGCAAACAAAAAAGAUCUCGCGAUUGAACAGCCCGCCUUCUCCUGCCCGCUUCCCAUUGGCUGGCCGGUCGGAGUUACCAUGGCGACAGGGUGGCAACCAACCUGUGUCUCCGCCCUCUGGGCCUAUGUGGUGUCGGGCCGCUCGGCGGUCCGCGCUGAUUGGUGGAGAUGCCCCCUCCCCCGACAGCGGGCGCUGAGCGCAAAACACAGAAAGGUGAGCGGACCUCUGCCAAAGGCUGCUGCAAUGGUGCUGGAAGAGACAGACGCCGGGAAGCGGCUGACCUCCGCGGCUGCCGGGGGGAGGCUCGCCGAGGUGCGCCGGCUGCUGCAGGAUCAGCGCCUGCCCCCCGACACGGUCAACGAGUUCGGGAAAACGGCGCUGCAGGCGCGUCGUUGUUCCGCUAUCCCGGGUCACCGAAGGUCACCAACAUCCCUGCAACAUCCUGACAACUUGACAUGUUUUCCCACUCGCCUGUUGUCAACUAGUGUCUUCUCAGCGCGCAGAUGCUACAGUGAUGAUGAUGGGCUGCUGCUCCCUGGCCCGGGCCCUCCUGGAGCGCGGCGCCGACCCCAACGUCCAGGACCACUCCGGCGUCACCCCCGCGCACGACGCGGCCCGGACCGGCUUCCUGGAGACGCUGCGCAUCCUGGUGGAGUUUGGCGCCGGGGUCAACGUGGCGGACAGCGCGGGGGCGCUGCCCAUCCACGUCGCCAUCGCCGAGGGGCACGCCGACGUGGUGGAGUUCCUGGCGCCCUGGUCCGACCUCGGCCACCGGGACGCCGGCGGUCGCACCGCUCUGGACUUGGCCCGGGCCUCCUCCUGCCCAGACAUCGUGCAGCUGCUGGAGAAACAGCUGGAGUCGAGCCUGUAGGUCCAGUCACAGGCAGGGCGGCGCUAUCGCCCCUGGUGCAGCUGAAGACUGUUCCUCGGAAUUGUUACACUGUUGCUUUUGCGAACAGGCCUGUGUAAAAAAACCGUGUGCAGGAUGUUAUGCGAUUCAUGUAGAUGUUAUUUGAAAAGCACUUUUUUUUUUCUUCCCUGCAGAUUAUAAUAGGUUUCAAUCUCUUCUGGUUAGUACUAGAAAAUGUGCGCGCUCCAAAGACUUAUCCUCUGGGUCCCGAUUCAGUUUCAGACAAACUUUCCAAGCCUUUGGAGAGUUGUAUAAAAUAGGAUUACAGUGUGCUACAGUGUUUUUUUCUCUAGUUAGCUAGGAGAAGGUCAUCUUUCUUAUCUUUACACCAGCUACAGCUGUACAGCUCCAGUUCUGGAGGUUUUCAUUCUUCCUGAGCUCUUAAUUACUUCAUAGAUCUAGUCGUUGGCUUAACUAAACCUUCUAGGUCUGAAUGUGAACACCCUGGUUUACAGUAACAGCCGUCUGGGAAUCACCAGUGUCUGCUUCUCAGGUUUGUCAAGUCGUUUAAGUAAAGCGUUCUGAUAUUACAUAUCUAUAUAAAUACUUUAAUGUAGCUGGAAUGUUAAGAAAUGUCUCCGAUGGAAUUAUAAAUAUGUAUUAUAAUAUUAAACAGAAAACAGAGUGGAGCUAUAUUUUUACAUUUUUAAAAUCUCUUCUAUUUAAAUCCUAGAAAGAAAAUCUAAAUUAUUUUUUAUUUAUUCUUCGGGUAAAUGCUGUGAUGGAUUCAGAUGAUUUUUUCAUCACAUCAGCCUCUUCUUGCAGAUGUACAGAGGAUCGUUCUUAUGAUUGAUGUGUCCACUGUUUAUACAUUGUACAGAACGUUUUAUUUGGAUUAUAUACAGUAUAUAUAUAUUUGAAUUGCUGCACAAACGUUUAUCCGUAGACCUAUGUGCCAUUGCAGAAAGAUACAGAUGUUUAUAUUUGAACUGGAAAAGAACUAAGUUUUUGCAAUAACUGAUUUAGUUGCACUGACAUGAAAGCAGUUGUCCUUGUCUUGUAUGUUUGUGUUUUGGCGCACAAAUAAAUCUCUUAUCCAUCA